UUCCAACGCUAUAAUCUUUAUGGAGGCAAACUGCCGCAUCUUUUUCGUAUGGAGCAGGUGGUGGGCCUGAACCCGUUGACCUUUUGGUUAGCAGCUGAGUGCUUAACCACUACACCACCUGAGUUCUUCGGUCUAAUACUAGUAUCACAUUAAAGUGAGGAUAAAGGUAUGCUUGAAUGAAGAGGUUAUAACUAGUCUUCCUUUAAAGGCUCCCGUUUGUCCACUUCAGGACAGCAAAAGAGAAAUGCUUAAUGGUGUGGCCUCCAGGUGUACUUGAAAACUCAUGUAGAAUUAAAACAAACACACCCAUGUUAGGGAAAAGCUACAGCAUGGUAAGAAAUUAGAAAUCAAGAACCUUUUCAUAUUUUCUGUGGAGAAAAGAAUUAUGACACCAGUAAAUCGAUUUGUGGGCAGUGUUGUCGUCUUCUGGUGCUGAUGUAACGAAUAUCACAAGUGGGAGGCUUUAACAGACAAGUUUAUUUUCUCACAUUUGUUUAAACCCAUUGCCAUUGAGUUGAUUCUGAUUCAUAACAGUCCCCACCAGGGGUCCUUCUUCACGUGUAUGUCAUAAUCACUAUAUUUAGUGGAAAAAAAAUUCUUAGGCCUGGCCUGAGCCUCUUUAUGUUUUUGAUGAGGGUAAGGGUGGUUCUGUUCAUUCUAAACCCACUGCUGUUGAGUCCAUUCCGACUCAUAGCGACCUUACGGGGUAGAACUGCCGCGUAGAGUUUCCAAGACUGUAAAUCUUUACAGAAGCUGACUGUCACAGUUUCUUUCUUAAGAUUAUGGUAAAAUCUAUCUAGUUAUUAAUUUUUAAAAUUUGAAACAUUUGUUCCUGUGGGUCACUCUCUGGUGGGACAACCGCAGAGCACUGGCAGCAGACACAGGUGUUUACAAGCUGAGGCUUGCCCAGCUGGGCUUUAAAGAAAGGUGUUGCCGUGCUCUUAAGAGUGAGCCAGCAGAAAAGGGGCAUGUGAAAGACUGCUCUUUAUCCCAUAACAACCAGAAGCAAGACUAGCAGCCAUGCCCGUUAUACCACUUCGCAUUUCCUUAAUCUGAGUUUUUGGAAGGAGAUACUGUUUACUGAUUAAUAGAAUGAGACUGUGCAGGAAUAAGUAAUCGCCACAAUUUUGUCUUAAUGUUUUAUUUGUGUGUGUGUGUUUUAGAAGUAAACCUUUGAGGUCAAAUGAGCUUAGUUUUGGUAUCCUUUGUGAUAAAGAUGAACAGUUUGAGCACGUAGACUGUUAAUUAUUUGAAAGACUACAUCUAGAAUAGUCCAAGAAAAUGACAACCACUGAACUUUCCAGUGGUAACCUGAUGCUCUUGCCAGCUUCAUCUGCGGUACCAAAUCUGAAAGGAUACAUUUAUAUAAAACAAGAGUAGGUUUCCUAUAGGGGAAAACCGUUUGUCAUUUGCUCUUAACAAGGUAAAUCCCCAGGGAAAAACCUUUCUUGUAAAACCGUUCCCUUUGGGUUUAUCCUCACCCUCAGUAAAAAUGGAGAUAUGAUAAACAAAGGUAUGAUGAAAUAUGAGUUAGCUCUUGCGUUUUUGCCUAGAAGUUCCUCAUUCUUCAUGAUUUAUCAUUUAAUUUUUAUUUAAUGCUGCUGUUUCAUUGAGUUAAAAGAGACUCAGAAUACAGUGCGUUAAAUUGAUUUUGCUUUAUGCUAAUUGAAAAGUUUUUUUGUCUUAGUGGCGGAGUCAAAUUAAUUUACUUUUAUAUUAAACUAUAUUCCCAAUAUGCUGACCCAUGAAUAUAUUGGCCGAUGAAAUAGUAUGGAAACCACAAAUGCUAACAGAUUGCUAAAUACUUGCAAGUCUUAAAUGGAGGUUUGCAUACAGCUGCUGACUUCUAAGAUUUGGGUACUGGAGUAACUAAAUACUAUGCUACCAUAUUUGUUGAAUAUAAAGAGGAAAAGCCUAAAAUAUUGGAUAUAGCCCUAAUAUCUUAAUAUCUGAUGAGUUAGUAAUUAAGGUACAUUUUAAAGUGUUUCUAAAUAUGGAAUAAUAGAAUCCUCUAAAAAGAAGUUAGUUUGGAGUUUUUCAAAGAGCCCAGCGUUCUGUAUUUCUCUGGAUCAGAGUCUUUCAGGAUUCCUCAUUGCCUAUUUGGCAUAUUCAUUUAAGAAAUAUUUAUUGAGUUCCAAGAUGUGCAACAAGACUGCCUGUAGGCUUUGCUGUCAGGAAGCCUACGGUCUGGUGUACAUUCAAAGGCCCCUCACACCUACGUUUCCAAACUUCGGCUUCACCACUCUGUGACUUUUCUGUCUAGAUUGUUUUCAAAAAGUAUUUAAUGGCAUGAAUUUAUGAAUUUUGGAUAUUUCUUCAAAUAUAGCAUCAUCUAGCAGGCAGUAGAUUUGGGUGGAUCUUUAAUCAAGGUCUCUGUUCCUCUUUCUUUUUCCAAUGAUGUUUUCUUCCCUGUCUAUGUACAUGUGUUUGAAUCUCAUGUGUAUGUAUGUACAUGGGAAAUUCACGACUUCCUGGGAUUUCCAUCCUGUCUGGGAAGACUCAUUUCUUAGUUUCAGAAGUUAGGGAGUGUCUUUUAAGACCCAGCACCACCUGCCUGUUUCCUAGUUGUGGCCAGGUGGGGAAUUCAUAAUAUGGCUUAAUAUGGGAGAGACGUGGGAUGUUAUGGGAGUUUUGCUUUGCGGGGGCUCCUUUGAAUACCCCAUGCCUCUUGACUUCUGCUGCUGCCUAACCUCCCUGUACCCACUGGGGCAUCCAGGUGCAGGAUCCAGACCUGGAUUCCAGGGUUGCACCAAAGCAGCUAGUGGCGUCAGAGGGCAGUAGUCAAACCCGCGGUUGCGUUUGUGAUACUCCGCUGAUGGCCACACUGUGAAAGGCAGGGCAUCCUGGUUUGAUGUCCGCUCCAGAGACUUAGGAACCUUGCUGGUACAAUGGUUAAGGGCUUGGCUGCUAACUGAAAGGGGGGGCAGUUCGAACCCACCAGCAACUUCACGGGGUAAAGACCUGAUAAUCUGCUCCCAUAAAGCUUACAGCCUAGAACACCUUGGAGGGAAGUUCUCCUUUGUCACAUGGGGUCACUGUGGUCGGAAUCGACUUGACAGCUCACAACAGCAACAACACAGAGACUUUACCCCCAAAACCUUUGUUUUUUAUAUGGAGCUUUAUAGAUCCAUUCAGCCCCCUUUUGAAUGAGUGUAUUUUCAUUCUGUUCCAUCUCUGGAGGUGGUGAGUUUGAUGAAUUUACUACUUAUCCUGAGAUAACCUAGGAGCCCUGGUGGCACAGUGGUUAAGUGCUGAGCUGCUAACCAAAAGGUCAGUGGUUCAAACCCACCAGCCUCUCUGCUGGAGAAAAAGUGGCAGUCUGCUUCUGUAAAGAUUUACAGCCUUGGAAACCCUAUGGAGCAGUUCUGCUCUGCCCUAUAGAGUGGCUCCGAGUCCGAAUUGACCCAGUGGGAGUGGGUUUGGUUUUUGUUUUUUGAAGAAGUAAUCUUAACCUCAUUCAAGAAUGUGCCUUCAGUUUCUAUGAUGAGUUUUGGUGUGCAAGCUGAUUUUUAAUUCUUACAGUCAUUCAUUCACCCAUUGAGCCAAUGUUUGCACCUACAGCGUGGGCCAAGCAGUGAACUGCUGUAGGCGAUACAACAGUGAGCAAACCCGUCCUGUCUCUGCCCGUGAGGAGCUCGUGUUCUAACAACUGGGCAUGAGGGAAAUGGAAGAUAUGAGUAUGUAUUGUAACAGAUGGCUAUAGCUGUGGAGAAAAAUAAAGCAAGAGAGGGCGAGACAGGGGGCGGCUGAUGGGAUGGCAGGGCUUGCAGUUUUAAAUAGGGUAGUUAGGAAGACCUCACAGAGAAGGUAACAUUUGAACAAAGACCUGAAGGAGGUUAAGUUCUGGAUAUUCCUUUAAAUGUAACUUUAUGUAUUUAUAGUAUAGAUGCUUUGAUUGAUGCUAGCCUGCCUUCCAUACUGAAGAAGCUGAAUUUUUUCACAUCUGUCCUCAUAUAAUACAUUUCUGUCUUUUUCUUUCCUCCCUUCAUCAUUUUUAUAUGCCUUUCCCUGAAUAUGUAACCUUUUUAUCUAUCUAUAUUUUGAGGUGCAUUGACCCAAGCUAUGAAUUUCCUUAAGAAAACAAGCAGGUUAAGAGACCCUUUCAAAAACUACGUUUAGUUUUAUUUUGAAGGGGUAGAUGCGUGUUAAGUUCAAGUUCACCCUACAUGUUUCUAAGUCGGAGGUACUUAGAAAUACCUGUAACUGUCACUAAAACAUAUCCUGAGUGACUGGAUUUAUACAUGAACUAUUGAAAGUAAAAACCACGAUUAAUAGGCAAAUAGGAGUUAGCAUUUGCCAGACUGCUAGUUUGCGCCUAUGGAUAAUUGGAGAAAAUCUUCCCUCAUGAUGGCCUCUGCGACCACAGUGCACUUCCGUGUCUUAGCAGAUGGGGCGCUGGGAUGGCAUUGUUUACACACCAUAGGUACAUCUGUCGUUAUCUAGUCAUCUCUAAUCAGGGGUUGGUGGGUUGAAUUUAUUUGUGGAACUUCGUAUAUACAAAAAGACACAAGUGAGAGGUUAUUUAGACAAAUAAAAAUUACUAGUGGAGGCAAAUUGCCUUGAAUUCUGUUAUUUUGACAAAUAUGCUGGUAUUUUUAGAACGGGGUUUUCAGUGUAUUCGUGUCAAAAUCAUAUUUUCCAUUUCAAUUCAGUGUCAGAAAUCCAGCAUUAUGUGCCUGUCAUCCAUUAUGAAAUGUACAGGUUGACAGGAUUUGAGGCCAUUGUACUGCAUUGGAAUACUUCAAAAAUGGAACAAAGUAUAAAAUACAUAUAUAUUUUUUAACAUAUUUAAGUUAAGGAAAUAGAAACUGGUGUGGAAGCUUAAAAACAGACUUACAUUUCUCUGUUUGAGCGUACAGAAUUAGAUAUACAAUACUUACUUCUAAUCUUGGUUUCUAUCCUUGAAGGUGGGUUGAAUGAUUAUACUUGCAAAUAUGCCGAGUCGGCUGUGCCCAUAUUUUAGCAACCUCUAGGCCAGAGUCUCUUGAACUUGAGUAACUAGUUAUUUCUGACAUUUAAAAAAAAAAAAUCAAACCAAAUUUAGCAUCAUCGCUUGUUUGCUGCACCUCCAUGUUUAUGAAAAAAUAAUUGAGUUAUAAGAGACUUGGUGCAUGGAGCCUCCUCCACUCAUGUGUCCCCCUCACCUUUUUAUUAAGGAAAACAUUAAACACAUACAAAAAGAGAAUGGUGAAAUGAAUUCCCAUGGAUCCAUCACUUUGCUUUUUAAUGGUUAACAACUCCUGGUCAGUCUCGUUUCCCUAUUCCCCUUUACUUUACCUGCUACCUAUCAUUUCUCACUUUUUACCUGUGGAAAGGGACCCAGAUCAAGCUGAGGGCCGAGUCAGGGUUAGCAUCAGACUUCUGGUCGCUUCCUCUACAGUAUUACCAUGUUGCGUCUGCCCCGUCGCCCCGUGGAGGGCUAGAUGAAAAAAAAAUGGUCAAAGAAUAAAGUUUAGUUCCCAGAUAAGUAUCAUUUACGCUUUCAAAUUGUGAACUUCAGUAUUUCUGGCCUCUGAUUUUGAGUUGGAAUGAAACAUAAUCUUUCAAGUUCAGUACAGGUAGUCCCUGACUUUUGACAUAUCUGAGUUAUGGAGUUAUGGCGAACCUCACUUACGAUUGUCUUUUUUUUUUUUGUACAUCUUAUCAUUGGUAAUAUUGCAGUUCGUAAUUUGCUGAUGUUAUCUUUCUCACAUGUUCACUUGCAGGUGUUCAAUUUUAUGAUUUACUGUUGAAAACACUGUCAGAUUUAUAAAGAUACUCAUAAUAAAAGGCAGUAAUAAUGAAAACUAAAAAAAAAAAAAAAGGUAUUUGACUUAUGUCAGAACUGACUUAGGAUGGAAUUGUGGGAUUGAGUCAUUGAAACAGAACCCCCUCAUAAGUCGGGGACUGCCUAUACAGACUCCACCAAGAUCCUUUCCUAGUGCUCUGUGAGAAAGUAGUUUCUUCCUUCAUUAAGAUGGCUUCAUUUAUGUCUUCUGAAGAUUUCCUAUGUGUUUUUCUCUUUCAUCAGAAAUUGUGAAAUAUCUAUGAGUUUUGGCGUCCAUGAUAUUAUGCACCUGAAAUUACCCCUGAUGUUUUUGGAAUAGUACUUCAAGAUGCCUUUUCAGCAUCCUCAAAAUGCAUUUGAGAAAAAAAUUUUUUGAUCCAAUACUGAUCUUUUUAAAGUUUUAAAAUCUAUAAAAGUGAAUAAUUGUAGUUAAAAAUAAAAUUUUUAAUUUGAAAAGUUGUUUUUUAGUGUUUUUAACUGAUAUCACUCUUUUAGUCAGUUGCUUUAUUGCUUUUAAUAAAUUUUAAUAUUAAAAAACCUAAGUGUAGACAUCCUUUGUACAUCAGCAUCCUUUUUGACCUCGGCUAAACAAAUUAGAGACAUAAAUUGGAAGAAACAUACAUUGGCAAAUAUCUGUCAGUAGAAAGGAGAAAUUAUGUUAAAUUUAUGAGUCUCGGUGUUUUUUUUCUUUUUUACUUGGAAAGAUAUGACUAAUAAAGAGAGUUCUAACUUGUAAGUCAUCCCUUACCAACACUGAUUAUGUAGUAUAUCAGAAAGCCUACAAUUCUUGAUAAAAUGUUAUUGAAAUAAAAAAAAAAUCAGAAUUCAGUUUUAUUCAGCAAAAUUUUUUGAAGUUUUUUUUUUUAAGGCAAGUGGAUAUAUGGAGAUGAAUCAAAUAUGAUAUGCAAGUCCAAGAAAACUAAAAUUUGCAGCUGGAAAAGAGGCUUCACUCCUUGGGUAGAUAAGGCAUUCUCUGUGGCUACAUAGUCUUGUCGUUUCUCUUAAGGAUACUACGCUUUAAAUUUCGGCGAUAUAGCUUUGGGGAUGCCAGGGCAGGUGAACGCCAGAAGCACUCUCCAGAGACUCUUCCAGUAUGGAAUCGGCACCCCUGCCAGUUUUGUUUAUCUUUUCCCCAUUGCUUUUUAGUUAGUGCUUAACAGGAUCCUUUCUACUCUGUCCUGUAGGGUCGCUAGGAGUCGGAAUCGACUCGACGGCACUGGGUUUUCUGGGUUUUAACAGGAUCCUAAAUAUUAAUGUAGCAGGUUUAGAACUUUGAUUCUUUCUGAUCGGAUUCUUCCAGCAUUAUUAAUACACUCGACUGGUAAUUGACCAAACAUUAAAUAACUGCAUUGAAUGUUAAUACCAUUUGCCUAACACAUACCCUGUGACCCGUAUACUCAUAAGUAGAACCUGAUUUUCAUAACUUUGUUAACUUCUGUGUGUAAGUAUGUGUGUGCAUACUUGUUCCUGUGUCUUUUAAUGCUUCGUUCUUGUUUGGAAAAAAAAAAAAUUCAAUUUCUUUUAAAAAUAUUUUCAUACAUUAGCCCCUACAACUUCAGAAUUCAGCUAAAUUUCUCUUAUCCUAAAGGAGAAUGGAAAACGAUUCAAAUUACCUCUUUGUGAAAUUGAACAGAGUGAAGUCUUCAAGUUACUAGUAACUUGGUGGCUACAUCCUGUCUACCAGCUUCACUGCAUCUUUUAAGAAGAGCCUUCUGCCCUGAGUUGUUGCAUGCCUUCUUAUGGGGUAAGAGUCGAGUUUUCAAAUUCCACUUGCUUCACAAAAUUGUGGUGUAUUUCUGAUAAACUACUCUCCUCAUUUGCAGGAAAGUUACAUUAAUUGUUGUGAAUUUAUGUGAAUAAAGGAUAAUUUAAUCUUUAAAGUUAUGUCAUUUAUAUCUGAUAGGAUAGAUUUUAGAUUUAUAAAGUUAUUGGACAUACAAUUUUCAUGUUUUCUCUUUUUUCCUCAAUGAUCAUGUGUCCUUCUGCAAGUAUUCUUUCAGUUAUUCCCUUUCUAAUGGAUUCCUGUUUCUCAGCGAUUCUCUCUCCCUGUCCAUUUUCUCCCUCUGGGAUUUUUCUGUUCUGCUCUGCUCAGCUUUCCUUCCAGGGUGUUUCAGUUCUAAACCUUCUUAACCCACACAUUCUCUCCUCCUCGUCCUCAGUUCUUUGGUCAGAUGUUGCCUUGGCUCCUCUCAGCUGCUUCAGCUCGCCUUUAUUAUUGGGUUCUUUGUCCUUUUUUUGGAUAGUUCUUCCACAUUCCUCUGGUUGUUGCUUCUCGGUACUUUUAGAGAAACGCUUAAUUCCCUGGACUCUGCUUCCUGUGGUGUGUAAUGAGAAGAGGGAAUGAAAGGAGCCGUGGAAGGACAGAUAACCGUGGCCCUUUAAAAAAGGCUGAGGUAUUGCAGUUGACAGAUUACUUAAAAAAGUGCCCCAACUCAGAGGAGUUGGACAGAAGGGCUUUCGCCAACAAGGUAGAGAAAAUAUUCUCUGCCCCCUUUUUUUUUUUAAAUUUUAUUUUUAGCUUUCAAAAGUUGCAGGUAAUAUAAAUAUAUCAAAGUAUCUUUAGAAAGUUCUGGAUGGAUUUUCAUAGUUAAAAUGAUUAUUGUUUAAUCAUGUAUUAGUUUCCUUUAUCUGUAGUCUUUGAUAUUUUGUGGUAGAAGACAAACUUCUUUUUCUCUUAAAACACUUUACGAAAAAGGCCUGUCACAUAAAAGUAAAUAUAAUUUCAUCUUUUGCAGGAGAUAGAAUUCUUCCCUUAACCUAGGGCCAGUUUUCAAAUUCCAUCUGUUUCACAAAAUUGCAGUAUAUUUCUGAUAAACUACUCUUCUCAUUUACAGGAAAGUUAUACUAUCUAAUUGUAGUGAAUUUAUGUGAAUAAAGGAUAAUUUAAUCUUUAAAGUUAUGUCAUUUACAUCUGAUAGGAUAAAUUUUAGAUUUAAUUAAUGUAAAACCACUAUUGACCAAAAGGGAUGAAAAGAAAAACAAAGAGUAAUCUGUUUUUAUGAUAAAAAUUGGAAUUUCUUCAGUUUCUCAAAGAUUUUUUUUUUGGAGGGGGGUUGUUUUUUAGUUUUAGUAACUUCAUGACUUCUGGAUUUAAUUUAUUUUUCUAUUAUCAGAGUUUAUAUAAAUACAAUAUGGCUUUGUUUUUUUAAAAUCAUAGUCGAAGGUUCUUAAUACUGCUUUUUUCCUGAAACUUUCUCAGUCCAGUUAUAUCCAUUAUAACCUUUUAGGGGACUAAGAAAAAACCACUGCCGUCGAGUCAGUUCCUCAUAGGGCACUAUAAAGAAGUAAAAACUUGCAAAGCGUAGGUGGUAUAAUUGAAACGUAGGUCAUAAUCUGUUCUUUGUUUGUUUUACCAAAUUAGUUAGGGAUUCUGAGGAUACUUGUUGAAUAUUUGUGUAUGUUUAGCAUUUUGUGCCUUUGUUAAAAAUCUCUCAGUGUGACUUGUUUUUAAUAGGAUGUGUCUUGAAUGUUGGGCCAAUCACUCUUGAAAAGUAUUAAGCCCUUUAAACAUACUGGUCAGCCCCGUAGAGAGAAGCCUACAGGUUUAUUAGUACUCCUUAGCCUGAAGGCACAGCAUACCCUUUUAGGUUGCACGGCAACAGACUCCUAGCAACCAUACGAGAUUGAAUCUCUAAGAGUGACCAGGCCGGAUGUGAUAAUGAAGCAAGAGGUACAAACAGUUGUCAUGGUUUUCUUUUCACAGUAAGCUGGUUUGAUUUGGGGAAGCUUAGCCUUUCAAAAUGGGCAAAACUUCUUAUAAAAAAACUACCACUGUUUGUGCACAGGACUUCUGGCAUUAAAAUACCAAUAAUAGUACUAAAUUGAAAAAGCUACAGGCUCCAAAAAAUAGCAAAAAAGAAAGUAUGCUCAAAAUAAAACAAAACAAAAAGUUGAAAGUAUGAUUACAUCAAGAAGUCUUCAGAGAAAUAGUUUUUAAAGAGUUUAUUUUUUUUAAAUCAAAUUCGAAAUUUAGCUGUAGCAAAGUAAUUAUAGUGAGUGUGAUUUGUAAACGGUACAAAUCAUAAUAUUUGCACGUUUUCUUUGGAAUCCUCUAUUUUAAUUUUGCAGCAACUCCUUAUAAUUUUGUAUAUGUAAUUGAACAGGGUGUUUAUGUAGAACUGAUGAUUAUAAUAGAUGGAAAAUUUAUCUAACAGAAUAGGCUAUUUGAAUUAUAUGUAAACAUUGCUUUUUGAAAUUAUGAACUAAUAACUAAUAGAACAGAUAAUUUAUUUUUUAAAAAGUAAUAAAAUAUGCAAUCUUCUGCAGUGAUAGUAAAAGUAUCUGUGAUAUCCCUGAAGCUGUAGCGUUGGGCUGUAACUUCGUCAAUACUUCUCAUGUGUAGCCUUUAGUAUAUGUUUGCUGAUAUGACCAUGAAAAGGAAAUUAAUUCAGAUACAUUCACAACCUGGAACAGGAUGCCUCCAUCAAAAGAAACAGAUCCUCUGGUGGCUGCUCGAGUUAGGAGUAGACCUCCAGCCUUUGACAGCAGUAAGCUGUAAACACACACACGCUAAUACCCUUGAUUUGUUCAUCUUUUGUGUCAGCAUUUGGAAAAGAUUGUUAAAGUGGCAGUUAUAGUAAAGACUGGCAAUUACAGUAAAGAGCAGAAAUGAGGUAUUUGUGACCUAUUAUAUUUCAUUAAAAGACUUCCUUAUUAAAACAGCACUGCUUACUCUGAUUACUUGACAGCUGCCCUGAACAGAUUGGAAAAUACACAGCUUCAGCGGAAGGUAAAAUCCACCUCUUGAGCAAGCACGUGGCGUAGAACAAGUCAACAGUGUAGUAUAAACUAUUUUUUUUUAAGCAAUAAAUUUGCUUUAGGUAGAGAUGUUUGGCGGUAAUUCAGUGACAUGCUCUUUUGUAUUCCUGUAAUAAUUGCUUACUCACGGGGGCUUUUCCCAUUGAGAUAUUUAGUACGCCCACCUAACGUCAUACUGGCAUCCUACUACCAAAAUCCAAAAAAAAACCCAAACCCGUUGCUGUCAAGGCGAGUCCAGCUUGUAGCAACCCUGUAGCUCAGAGUAAAACUGCCCCAUAGAGUUUUUAAGGAGCUGCUGGUGGAUUUGAACUGCUGACCUUUUGGUAAGUAGCCGAGCUCUUAACUACCGUGCUUUUAUUAUGAGGCAUAGAUCCAGGAAUCGGCAUGUAAAUACUACCUUUACCAGGUCGAACCUGAACUUUUGGAAGCUUCACCAUUAGCUUAAUGAAUUUCUGAAAUAUUUUAAAUGUUUUUUUUUUUUUUUUUUAUCCCAUAAUAAUGCAGUAGAGCCGUAGUGAGUUUAACACUUGAAUUCAGGCGUCCCUUUGGCCACAACAUAGAAUUGUCAGCUUUUUUAGAGAAAAAUUUAUGUGCCUCUUGCUACCUUAAAUAUUAUUUCUGAAGUUUUUACUGCUGCUGACUUUGUUCCAUCUGUAUUUUGCAGAGUGGCUGCGCUGCACUCUGUGGAAUAGCUGUGCCUGUCAGAUAUUCUGUAUUGUAGGUUAGCAGUGAAGCAGCCCAGCCUGCACAGUGUAAUAGUUCAUAGCUCUGUUCUACAUCCCAAGGUGUGGGCUACAUGCUGUGUAGAGUAGACCAUGACUAGAAUCACAAAGAGCCCUGGUGGCACAGUGGUUAAGCAUUCAGCUGCUAACCAAACGGUUGGUGGUUCAAACCCCGCAGCUGCUUCGUGGGAGAAAGAUGUUACAGUCUGCUGGGUAAAGAUGACAGCUUUGGAAACCCUGUGGGGCAGCUCAGCUGUGUCCUACAGGGUUGCUAUGAGCUGGAACUGACUGGAUGGCAACGGGUUUUACGAAUGAAAUCACAGCUCGCCCUUGAAGACAGACACACAGGUUCAGGAUGAAGCAGACUUGAGGGAAGAUUACCUCCCUCAUCUAGUCUUGCAUGUAGAUUCCUGUCAGCACCACCACAGUAUUGACAGAAGGCUGUUGGCGUUGCUUGUAUGGAACUGGGAAACUUCCAGAAAGACCCAAAUUCUACUCUGUGAGACACUCUUAUACCACAUAGCUACAUCACACUUAUACUGCAUGGCUGAUUCCACAUACACAGGUAUCUGUGACCACUUCCUGUAUCUUUAGUUUGAAAAAUAAAACUACCUGGUGCAGGUUGCAUGAGGUAUGUCAGGCUGCAAACCUUUUAGGAAUAGGUGUGACUCCUAGACUUUGGAGUAAGACAGACCUGAGUUCAAAUUCUCACUGUCAUUUGGUAAGUAAUUAUCCUUAAACAAAUUCUUUAACUACUUUGAUCUCUGAUCCCUUAUGUCAAAACAGGGAUAUUACCUACCAUGUAGGGUUAUAAAAUGAGGUAGGUGGAUAAAGCGAGCUUAGCACAGCAGCCUAGAAUCAGCACUCAGCUUGGGGUAGCUAGUAUUGUGAUCAUCUUUCUUGCCUAGUCCUAUGGCGUGUGAGGCAGAGAGAGUGGCAGCUGAAAAUAGUAACAUGGAACUAGAGUUAAUCAGAAACAAAUCAGAAAUGUUUUCAAAGAGGAAUGUUACGUACUUCAUAUCAAGUCAUUUUCAGUAGUGGUUGGUGGGUAGGAUUUCUUACUUAAACUGUUAGAAAGUGAUCCCUCUUCACAGAUUCCAUCUGGGGGCAGGAUCUUUAAAGAGAACAAGGGUAAUAAUUGAAGGGGGAAAAAAAGCAUUGACAGAUUAAAAUACUUAGUGCCGUGCAUGAAGAGUGGACUUCAAAGAAUAGAGAAAAUUUAAUUAUUUUAGUAAGUAUGUAGGGUAAGCCUGUCAUUAUUUAAACACUUAGUCUGUCUUCAAAUCUGUCUUCCAUGUAAAAGACUGUAGAAGAAGAGGUGAGUGAACUGCCAGGCUUCCGUUGUGGACCUGAGAGAACUGGAAAUGAACAUCCAUGGCUUCUGCUGAGCAACAAGCGACCAUCAUGCAGACAUCAGAGACUGGGUCAGACACAGGCUCGACGGUGACUUUACAAACCUCCGUGGCUAGUCAAGCAGCCGUGCCCACACAGGUGGUACAGCAAGUCCCAGUCCAACAGCAGGUACAGCAGGUCCAGACCGUGCAGCAGGUGCAACAUGUCUACCCAGCUCAGGUGCAGUACGUGGAAGGAAGCGACACUGUCUACACCAACGGAGCAAUCCGAACAACAACUUAUCCUUACACAGAAACGCAGAUGUACAGCCAGAACACUGGAGGGAAUUACUUUGAUACUCAAGGGAGCUCUGCACAGGUGACCACCGUGGUCUCGUCCCACAGCAUGGUGGGCACUGGCGGCAUUCAGAUGGGUGUCGCCGGAGGGCAACUCAUCAGCAGCUCGGGAGGAACCUACCUGAUCGGCAAUUCCAUGGAGAAUUCUGGCCACACAGUGACGCACACAACUCGGGCCUCCCCGGCGACACUCCAGUGGCUGCUGGACAAUUAUGAAACGGCAGAAGGAGUGAGCCUUCCCAGAAGCACUCUGUACAACCACUACCUACGCCACUGUCAGGAGCACAAGUUGGACCCAGUCAACGCUGCCUCUUUUGGAAAACUAAUACGGUCAAUUUUUAUGGGGCUGCGAACCAGGCGAUUGGGAACUAGAGGAAACUCCAAGUACCAUUACUAUGGGAUUCGCGUCAAGCCAGAGUCCCCUCUUAAUCGUCUGCAAGAAGACAUGCAGUACAUGGCCAUGAGACAGCAGCCAAUGCAGCAGAAACAAAGGUACAAGCCUAUGCAGAAAGUGGAUGGGGUUGCAGAUGGUUUCACAGGAAGUGGCCAGCAGACAGGCACAUCUGUUGAGCAAACUGUAAUUGCCCAAAGUCAACAUCAUCAACAGUUUUUAGAUGCAUCUCGAGCGCUCCCGGAGUUUGGAGAAGUUGAGAUCUCUUCUCUGCCAGAUGGUACCACCUUUGAGGACAUCAAGUCACUUCAGAGCCUUUAUCGAGAGCACUGUGAGGCAAUAUUGGACGUUGUUGUGAAUCUUCAGUUUAGCCUGAUAGAAAAAUUGUGGCAAACAUUCUGGCGCUAUUCUCCGUCAACUCCAGCGGACGGCACUACCAUGACUGAGUCAAGCAAUCUGAGUGAAAUAGAAAGUCGACUUCCGAAAGCAAAGCUGAUAACUCUGUGCAAACAUGAGUCUAUCCUGAAAUGGAUGUGUAACUGUGACCAUGGGAUGUACCAGGCUCUGGUGGAGAUUCUCAUCCCCGACGUGCUUAGACCCAUUCCUAGUGCCUUGACCCAAGCCAUUCGAAAUUUUGCAAAAAGCCUUGAAGGUUGGCUUUCCAAUGCCAUGAACAAUAUUCCACAGAGAAUGAUACAAACCAAGGUUGCUGCUGUAAGUGCCUUUGCCCAGACUCUGCGAAGAUACACGUCGCUCAAUCACCUGGCCCAGGCGGCCCGCGCAGUGCUCCAGAACACGUCUCAAAUCAACCAGAUGCUAAAUGACCUCAACCGUGUCGACUUUGCCAACGUCCAGGAGCAGGCUUCCUGGGUGUGCCAGUGUGAUGACAACAUGGUCCAGAGACUAGAAACAGACUUCAAAAUGACCCUUCAGCAGCAGAGCACCCUGGAGCAGUGGGCUGCCUGGCUGGACAACGUGAUGAUGCAAGCCCUGAAACCCUACGAGGGCAGACCCAGUUUCCCCAAAGCCGCCAGGCAAUUUCUGCUAAAAUGGUCUUUCUACAGCUCAAUGGUCAUCCGGGACUUAACCUUACGCAGCGCUGCUAGCUUCGGCUCCUUCCACCUGAUCCGUCUCCUCUAUGACGAGUAUAUGUUCUACUUGGUAGAGCAUCGUGUUGCCCAGGCAACAGGAGAGACACCCAUAGCGGUCAUGGGCGAGUUCGGUGAUUUAAACGCCGUGUCUCCUGGAAAUCUGGAUAAAGAUGAAGGCAGCGAAGUGGAGAGUGACAUGGAUGAAGAGCUGGAUGACUCUUCAGAGCCUCAAGCCAAAAGAGAGAAGACGGAGCUGACCCCGGCGUUCUCGGUGGGCUGCCUGCAGCCGGUGCUGGAGAGCAGUGUGCAGCCGAGCCUGCUGACCCCCAUCCACAGCGAGCACGUUGUCGCCAGCCCCCAGACCAUCCGGCAGUGCAGCACCACGGGCAACACGUACACCGCCGUCUAACGCUUCUCACGGCUUCUCCUCCCAGCUUACUUUUACCCUGUUGAUAGCGGGCUUCAGUUGAAAAAUGAAUAAGCCUGAAGGUCGAACGUUGUCAAAUUCGAUCUGUGCUGAACAUUACCUUUUUGGAGUUGUGGAAUGGAAUGGGUGUAUGUAUUUUGCCAGGUCUUUUUUUUUUUUUUUAAUGUAAACACAUUAUUUGCCUCUUAAUAAGAGUUUUUUUUUUUCCUUAGUUUCAGAUGUCAAGAAGGAAUUUUGCAACACUUAAUGUCAAUAUUUUUGUUCUCUUAUAAUUAAAAGGUAAUUGACAUUUUAGUAGCUUCAACUAUCUUAUUGGUGACUGUUAGUCUUGGUUGUCUGAUUUCAUGUGUAAGUUUUUAACGAGAUGCACUUCUGUGAAGGUCAGAGGAAAUGCGUUGCUUUGAUUUACACUGGAGCCCUGCCGAUUCGGCAGCAGAUGCAGCCAAUUUGCUUUUGAAAGGUGCUUUUCCUGGGACAGAACCGUAAGACAACACUAUUUUGCUAACGUUUUGGGGGACGGAGAGAAAAAUACAGAGCAAUUUGAUUACAGUGCUAGAGGGUUGGAGGGUCGUCCGCUUUUCUCGGCAGAAAAACUGAGCUGUGCAUUUAUCCGUGGAGAGUAAAUGCCAGCGUUGCAAGCGAUUGCGCUAAUAUGUACGUAAUGUGUGUACAUAAUCAUUAGACCACGUUAACAACGCAAGCUUCCGUUACACCUCGAAUCCUAACUCUGCCGUGCAAACCAGUUCUGCUGCAGAAAGACUACUGACUCUGUAUUUGGGACCACCGCACAGAUGCAGUCUGCUGGGAAGGGGGGGCUGUUGUAGUUAGAUGCUGAAGCUGAAAGAGAAAUGAGUUGACUUUUUUUGUUUUUUGUUUUUUAAGUGUACAUGCUACUUAUGCUGAGCUGGAGAUACAGGAAACCAUUCCAUUUGGAUGACUUUCUUUUAUUCCAGGUCUUUUUCCUAAUAGUAGUUCAAUGUGCUGCUAUUAUAAAAGAAAAUAUAUAGAAUGCACGGAAUGUAGCAACUUGCAUAUGGUGAUUUCCUUCAAAACUAUGUCCUGGUUUCUAAAGUGUGUGGAUUUCAAUUUUAAGCAGAACCUGAAGGCAGUGUGACUGGCACACCUCACUGUUACCGAUUCCCAACUCUGUAGGAUUUGGAUGGGUGGCUGGAUGGACCAUUGCCAUUGAAGAUUGUACAUCAGGGAUCAUCGUACCUCGGCUAUUACAUGGUGCCUUAACCCAGAACUGAAGCUAAGGUUUAGUAAGGUUUCUUUUUGUUCACGUGAAUGACUCUUCCGUCCAUUUGACAAGGUGUGCCUGUCAUUUUCAGAUCCCGAAGCUAAGGGCGGGUCACAUGUUCUUCGAAGGAAGUUUAGGGAAAACAAAACCAGACAAAAACUUCCCGUUUCGAGUGACCGAGAACCUAUUUUUUAUUCUUCGAGCUGAAUAUUACUUGAUUACAAACCAGAUUGCUUAAAGGCGUUGGAACAGCAGGCAAGUUUUAAUACCAACUUGUUGCAUAAAAUCGUAUCUUGUUUAGACCAUUCGUAUCUAGUUAUCAUUUUAGAACAUUAAUAGAACAAGCAGGUACUUUUCGAAGUGCAUCUUUUCAAGUCCAAAUGUCUGUAUGUAUGUCCAGGUGUCUGUGCGUCCAUGUGUACACACGAGUUCCGGCUGCAGAGUCAGAAGGUGGAGGAGCCCUUGAGCGUAUACGCCGACCUGCUUCAUUUACACGAAAAUCCAAGGUUCUUUUAAGCACUCAAUUAUUAAAUUUUUUUUUUUAAAGGCACAUGCAUUCAUUUAAGUAGUUGUUUAAAAAGAAAAACAAAACAACUGAUCAGCAAAAAUAAAGCCAAAAAUAAAGCCAGAGGGAAAGCACAACGCGGUUUACAGAUUACUGAUGAGGCCUAUAUCGAACUCAAGAUGUUUCUCUUUCCAGUUUUAUUGGGAUGGGGGGCGGGCUUGGAAAGAAGAGCCGGCCUGUGGGGUUUAAAAAUACCAAAUGGCUUCUCGGGAAAUACACGGCAGAUUCACCCUGCUCUUGCUUGAUUGCCUCAGACUACUCAAGCAACUAAAAGCAACCAAGUUUCUUAAGUAAAAUUUCAAUGUUUUAGAUGUGAUUUUUUAAAAAAUUGAUUCAAAUUUUAUAUUCAACAACUCAUAUUCGCAAGUCUGCACUGGCAUCACCUUCACCUAGAUGUCAUUCGAAUGUUCGUCUCCAUUUUUCCUCCCAAAAAGGCAAUGAAUUUGCAUCGUCAUUAAAAAAUAAAAAAAGAGAGACAAAAAGCAGAACUUCUUAAGCUGCAGAGACUAUGUGUUUACGUCAUUGUGCAUUACCGAAUGUUUACAGGUAAAAUUAAAAUCAAAAAAUGAAAAACCCACUCUUCAUCACGACUCUCCUUCCAGAAUUUUGUUGAGUUUUCUGUCUGUACUCGCCACCCCCAGAAUUUUGCUUUGUCUGUAUUGGACCAAAUGUGUUUACUGAUUUCAUCUUGUUUAGUGCACGACUCUAAAUGUAUUUAUUAUCAUUGUUUCCUUUCAUUUUAAUGUUGGAUACAUCUGUCAUUAGAGGAAUCUACUCGUAAUGGGCAGAUUUAGAUUGCUGAGCAUUAGGGAUGGGGACCCGCCAGGAUCCAGCUUUUCUUCCAGUAGUUCAUGGUUUGCUGGGAAUUAGGACAGAUUAGAAAUUAAGAAAUGUUACCACGUUUCAGUUUGGCUCAGUGAAAACACUAUGAUCGCCCUGCAGAACACAGUUAGGAAUGUUAUCUCUUUGUGGCUGAGGUUAGUAGUUCUGGCCGAUACACAAAAUAAUACCUUCCGUUCCUGUUACUUCUAGUUUUUUGUAGUUUGCAGUAAGACACACGCGCGCGCACACACACACACACUCACACACAUUUUAACAUAUCUUGAAUCUGACUUGGGAAAUAUUUGAAAAUGAAAACAGAAUAACUUUUUCAUUCGAGCAAAUUGAAGCAACUACACUUACUGCAUUUUUUGAGCGUUUUAUUCCAUUUUCUUCACUCACUGCACUUGUGACUUCUAAAUAAUAUUAGACACUAGCACUGCUCUUGGAGUAGAUUUAUUGACAAAUGCCACGGUACACAUGGUAAGAAGAACUUCGUAUUUUCCAACACUGCAGUCAAACACGAGUUGUGAAAGCUGUCUCCGUAGACCAGCCGCUGUACUUUCAGUGUGGAGGAGUGUAAAUAAGGUCUAUUGGCUCAUUUUAGAUUUCAGAAAAGUGACUUCCAGAUACUCAGAUUUGCAUCAACUUUGAGAAUCAUACCCAAAAGACUUGUAUUCACUGAAACCAGUGAACAAUGGGAUGAAAUGGGGGAGCCGUCUCCUGGGAACACAGGGCCUGAUUUGCAGAUCUUUCUCUGGAUACCAAGUUGCUGGUCACCUCUUUCAGGAUUUUCCUCCAAACUCUGUUUGGACCGACUGUGUAAGUCGUGCCGCCUUUUCAGAACUCCGCUUUCCUUUUUGUGCUUUUCUCUUGUACUGUAUAGCAUGGUUUACGCGCCUCUCUAUAGAUGGUAUACUUUAAACAAACGUCAGUUUUAUCAAACGGUUUUAACCCUGAAUACCUAAACCUCGGAGCGUGAACAUUGUGGCCGCCUUUGAUUUGCAGUAGCUGAGAGAAAAGGAACUCGUUCUUGUAGAGUACCAUAACAGUCCGUCAUUCGGGAGUGGACACACCGACGCCCUCUGCUACACAUGCUAACCGUGAUAUGGUUCCCAAUUUUUUUUUAAUUCUUCAAAUGAUGUAUUUGAGAUGCCUAAAAGAAUGCUGUGCUUGAAAUACAAGCGUAAAAGGAAAAAAAUGUGUGUCACUGUGAUGUCAGUCCUCCCAGCGUAGACGCAAGUAGAAAGUCAAAAUUGGCAAGUCUCAAUUUGAGGCAGUAGUUCCGUAUAAUAGAGGAAAUCGACCUCUGUUGUAACCUCCCCCACCCCCUGCCAAAUUCCUGGUGACAAAGUAGCAACCACCCACAGGUUGCAGUCAGAACUUUCGAGAUGUGUGAGUCACACCCAAUCAUGGCGGACGGACCUUGGCCUGCAGUGCUGUUGAAAAUUGGCCUUUUCUCUAGAUCAGACUGACUUCCGUGGCUAUGGUUAGAGCCAGCCAGUGAAUGGAAUCUUCGCGUUUCUGCAAGUUUGGUGAUUUAAAGAAAACUGGAAUAGAAGCAUUAAUUCAGUGCUUAGUUCUAGUAUUAGAAAGCCCCUUUGAUGUAAUGCCUUGUAUUAACCCUUUGAGCAUUGUAAGAUUUACAAGGGGGGACAAAAGCCUUUCAGAUCAUUUAUUUAGACUAGACCGGUAAAAUAGACUCUAUAUCCAAAUGUCUAAUUAUGCUGGUUUGUUUUUGCUUUUAUUUUUUUUUUUAACGGGGGAGGGGGGUAGGAAGAGAAAGUGUUUCCAGGCUGAACACUUGCAUUUUAUAUACAACUCUUAAUUUCCUUCAAGAGGGCUUGAUAUAUUUAUUCCCAGAUAUUCACUGCCAUCUAAGUAAGUGUACUGUUUACAGAAAAAAGAAAAAAAAAAUCAGCUUUUCUAGCAUCAUGUCACAACUCUCUAGAAAAGGACAAAGACACGGGCCUGUGGACCUAUGUCAUAACUGGUUUCUGCACAUUGAAAGUACCUAGAUUGCCUUUAAAAGGUAUGAAAAAGGGUUACGUUUCUUUUUCUCCCCCCCCCCCUUUUUCUUUUUUCCUCCAAAACAAAAGGCCUCAUUUUAUUUAGCUUUAGGAAGGAGAAGUGUAGAUGAAGCCUUCGGAAGAAAUGAGCGGACACAGAUAAGCUGAACUCUUUGGGGGCAGUUAGGCUAUUUGGGGUUUGAUCUCUCAUAAAGCAUUGUUUGGGAAUUUCAUUCCGAGCAUAAUUUUAUCUAUGCUCUGAACCUGUAAUACUUUGUCAGAAAAUUAUAGAUAGGAUGGAGAGCAAAGCACUUAAUUUUAAGCUCAUCUGUCAGGAGAUGCUACAACUGACUACUGCUUCUGGUGUCUAUACAUGUCGGUCUGCUUACACGACUGCCGAUCUUGUUCCAGGGACGCGCUUCAUGCACCUGGUCCCCUUGUCCCCUGCCUGACCUACACCAGGGCAGCGUGGUCUGCAGACAGAUUGGCGCUGCCCUUGCUGGGGGCAAGGGCGAGCGUGACCUCUUCUGAUGUCUAGUGUGACAAGGCACCCAUAGCCUAGUGCGGGAAUGCCGUCAGCCUUGCUUUGCAGGCAGGUGAGGAAGUCAAACCAUGCAGAUGACUCCCGCGGUAACAUGCAAUAGUCAAAGGGUUUUAAUUUAACUCUCUUCUUUUGGAUUCUUCAUGAUGGUUUACUGUAAAUGCUUCUCAGUUUGCAUGCCUUGAUCAUUGCUGCUAGUGAUUUUAUGUGCCAGUAGACCUGAGUUUAGUUUACCGAUUUUACUUAAAUAGCGAAAGCCACUUACAAAGUGACUGCCUAGGGUUUGGUUUAUUUUAUUUUAUGUUUUUUUUCUUCCUUUCUUUCUUUGUUUUGUUUCUUUUUCUUUUUUCUUCUUUCUUUUGUUUGAAGUAAUUGGUAAUUUGUCUUAUUCUCAAAAAUAUGUUUUCUUUCAGUUGGUUCUGGUACUUCUUUUAUGUUCCCUCUUUGCUUUGUUUUUGAAAUAAAUUUAUGAUGUUGGGAUUGGAAGCCCUGAGUAAUGAAAUCUUUGGUAAGAAUUGUUUAUGCAGCUCAAUAAUGUGGACAGGAAAUCUUUGUUAGAAGAAUUAUGGUCCUAGGGAGAAAAAAAAAUUUCCCAUUGACUGUUGAUAACCAAGUAAAUUUUCCUUCAAUAAAUUAGUAUUUUUCAACGAAUGAUUGCCUUGUUUUCACCUGCUAAACACAAUUUCAAAUGACUCGAUAAAGGAGGUAUUGAAUUUUCUUCAUUUAAAAAGCAUCUUUUGUACCAAAGCAAAUUUCUUCCUCUCCUCAUCUCCAUUCAUCGAUUUGGACCUUUGGUGGCGACCAAUGUGUUGGUUCCGGAAACUUUAAGUGAGUGCCUUGAGAAAACGGGGAAAUUGUGCCUGAGGUGGUAAACUUUUAAUUAGGUUAAUUGUAGUGCUUACCAAUCAGUAAUUCUACUAUCACUCAGGGCUUUCGUACCUUCUAGGUCAAAACUCCUUUCAUUGUGUUUUUUUAAGAUAACUGUGUUUUUUUUUUUUAAGUGCCAUCAUUUGAAUUUCACUUAGUAAGUGGCAGAUUGCGUCGUUCAGUCCCACAAGCACAGAAACAUAGUGACACUAGGAGAUAUUUGAACAUUUAUUUUACAAUCGAGUGAAUAUAUUAUGUAAAUGAGGUAAGCAACUUUUGUAGAGAUUGUAUUGCGUGAGAUAAUGUAAUGUUCUUUUCCAGUUUUUGGACUACAGUUGAAUAAACUUUUUAAUUAUUUAAAAACAUCUUUACCGAAUAACACGUGAUGGUUUUUUGUAUAAUGUAUUUGAUUUUGUAAAUACGUAUUUCCUGAUGUGAUUUUUUGUGAGAAAUGCUAAAUCUUUUAGUAUAUCAUGUCCUCUCAAAAUUGGCAGGAGCUAAAUAAUAGUUUGUGGGCGAUUUGUAUUGUGGACUGUAUAAUAACUGGGGAACUUUUAUAAUUAUAAAAAUAUAUAUUAACUUUUAGUGUGUUGUUUAAACAAAUGACUGGAACAUACUAAAGAUAUUAGUAGGAUUUUUCUGAAUAUUUCAGACUUGAACUCAGGCUAGCUUUCUUGUGUUUUUCAAAACAAAAUUGUGUCUUGUCUUUUAAAAAUCAAUAAAUUUGUUUCCUUGUUACAAAUACAUUUGAAAUGGCGUGGUUUCUUCACCCCCUCGAAUCAUCACCAGAGAGCUUGUAUCACACAACUUUAGAGGGGAGUCUGUGCGCCCUUUGCCACUAGCUUAGAAAUAAAAUUGUUUCCCUUUUUUUGCAUCAAGUGAAAAUUGGCAAUAUUUGCACAUGAACAACCCAGGAAGGGAAAAAAAAAACAAAAUUAUGAGCCCAGCACGGUACAAAUCUUACCCUCUAAGAAAAUUAGUGAUUGAGUGCUGUUUAAUUUCCAAAGCUGUCAACAUUUCCCUUGUAGACCCAGAUUUUUGGAUGUUCAUAGUGUGCUUGUUUUAUGGCACUUAACAUUGGUAUAUUUGGCACCCAAGUUCCCUGUGUAGAUGGAAAUAGCUUGUUAAAAUUUGUCUCUGUACACUUUAUGGGGGCAGAUCACCAGGUCUUCUCUCUUGCAGACAUUUUAGGGAGCCCUGGUGACAUAGUGGUUAAGAGCUCAGGCUGCGAACCAAAAAGGUCAACAGUUCGAAUCCACCAGCCAGUCCUAUGAGGCAGUUCUACUCACUCCUAUAGGAUCCCCAUGAGUCAGAAUCAACUCGAUGGCAACAGGUCUUUGGUUUUUGGUAUAAAGACUCAAGGAGCCCCUGAGUGGCGCAAAUGGUUAAGGGCAGGGCCACCAACCCAGGGUCAGUGGUUUGAACCUGGCGAUGUGCGUCUGAAAGGCCAUAGCCUUGAGAACCCUGUGAAGCAGUUCUACUCUGCACACAUGGGGUCACCUUAAGCCGGAAACAGCUCGACAGCAACUAACAACACCGGUUUUCAUUGACCGGAGCAGAGAUUCCUAAGAGGCUUAGGUUUCAGGCGUGGUCCUCCUUGCUUCAUAAAGCAAUCACCCAGUUUCCUUUUGGUAACAGGUCAGCCACCAGAGCAACUCCCUUCUCUACCUGCUUACUUGGUGGCACCGGGAACCCAAAAUGGUCAAAGGACAGUCUUAGGGACUACCUCAGCUUCCAGCUUAAUGAAUUCAUGACUGGCUUUCUGGUGAAAGCAUUCCUGCCUUGAAUACUAAGACCUUCAAAGCCACCAAGUACAAUGUUUGAGGUCCAAACGCCAGGAACCUGUUAAAUGGCUUCUCUAGUGUAACGGGAGCCCUGGUGGAGCAGAGGUUAACAGCUCAACUGCUAACCAGAAGGUCGCCAAUCCAAGUCCACCAGCUGCUCCUUGGAAACCACAUGGGGCAGUUCUACUCUGUCCUAUAGGGUCGUUAUGAGUCGGCAUCAACUAGACAGCAACAGAUUCCAGUGUAACAGAGGGGCUCCCCCUAGCUCUAUUGUUAGAUUCCAGGAGCCAUGCAUCCUGAUUUGAGAGAAACACUACCAAAUAUUGACUGCUGGUUUAAAUCGUAUACAACAUUCAGUGAGACUGCCCCCCAAAUUUAUUAUAUAUUGUCUCCCAACUGGCACCACAGCUGAGCCUUCACCAGGCCAUUCUGUUGUUCUACAGAACGAGUUGCUUCUGGGUGAUGAGACACAUUGUUGUUGUUAGUUGCCGGCAAGUCGGCCCCAACUCAUUGUGACUUUAUGUAUCACAGAAUGAAAUGUUGCCUGGUUCUGUGCCAUCUUCAGGAUCAUUGGUAUGUUUGAGUCCAUUGUUGCGGCCACUGUGUCAAUCCAUCUCAUUGAAGGCUUCCUCCAUUUUCACUGACCCUCAACAUUACCAAGCACGAUGUCCUUUUCCAGCAAUUAGUCUUUCCGACAGUCAGGGAGUUGAAAUCUUACCAUCCAUGCUUCUAGGGAACAUUCUGGUUGUAUUUCUUCUAAAACUGAUUUGUUCGUUCUGGCAGUUCACGGUAUAUUCAAUAUUCUUCACCAGCACCGCAAUUUGAAGACAUAAGACCACUGAAUCUGUACUGGAAGCCUACAUCCUUUAGUCAUAUAAUUAGUUCCCGAAUCAGAGAUAGGAGCCCUGGUGGCGCAGUGGUUAAGCACUCAGCUGUUAACUGAAAGGUCUGCAGUUCCAACCAACCAGCUGCUCCCAGGGAGAAAGACCUGUCAAUCUGCUUCUAUAAAGAUCACAUCUUUGGAAACCCCACGGGGCAGUUCUACUCCAUCCUAUAGGGUUACUAUGAGUCAGAAUCAACAGCAAUGGGUAAUCAGAGGUGACAUUGUGUGAAACUACGUGUUUAUGAAUAAAAUACCUACAAAAACAAAAAUGGUAGUGCAAGCAGGGAAGGCAAAUCCAGAUCUGGAAUAUAUAUUUCAUUAAGGGAAUUGGAUCUCUCUAUGAUGAAAAAGAAACAAUCUAAUAAACCUGCCAGUUGGUCCCCGGGAGGAACACUGCCGUGUGGGGAGACUUAGCGUUGGUUUCUGCUCUUGGAAGUUGACAAUCAGCAGUAGCAGUUGCCAUAUCAGAUUUGGAGAGGGGAAGUCCAUAUUGUCAAGCCCAUGUAGAGCCUCUUCCAUGCUGCCAUGGCCACUUUGUACACAGUCACAUUGAGCAAAUACCAAUAUGACUGAUGAAAAAGAUUGACCAUCUUCCUCAGAUCCUAAAAAAGAGAGAACAUUUUGAAAUACCUGAGUGUGCCAGGAAUCAGCUAGGUUACAUUUCUGCCAACCAGCAAAAUGGGAGCUGGAAAUAGAGAUAUAAAAAAUACAUUUUUCGCCCAGUUGAGUUUAAGGGUUGUGAAAUCUAUACCCAAUAGAGUGAAAUUCCUGGGUUGGAGCCAUGACCUGGUGCUCCUGGAAGUGACAUAUCCUCUCUCAGCAUAUUUCAGCGUUUCCAUUUUCUUGGCACUUGGAUGUCAGAUUUAUUAGGAAGCUUGAAGGAAAUAAAUAAUCUGUGGCAUCAAGGCAAGUGACCGCUGGGAAUACUGACCCACUAGACUUCUUGCUCAGGACUGAAGGACCAGUGGAAGGUUCUGGAGAAGCGGUCACCACCAGCCCUAACGACCCAAUGACCUGGUUGGGGGCCCUUCUCUCUCUGCUCACCAGGAACAAGUAUUUAGUCGUGGUCACUCUCAUCUUUUACGAAAAGACUGUUCUUCAAAUUUGACUUUAUAAUUUUUUUCUCAAACCAAGAAUAAAUUUGGGUAUAAAGUUCAAAUUGACCAAGACCUAGUUUUAACCCCACACAACACACCCCACCAAGCAAAGAUCAAAAUAGGAAAGUAGGUGAGUCCUGGUUCCCGAUUCCUUAGACUUCAGAUUAAUUCCCGUAACAGAACUGUCAAGCAGCCCGGAGGCUUAAAGUGUCAAACCCCGUACAGAAAUAGGAGUGAAAGUAACCAGUCCAGAUGGGGAAUUUAUUCCAAAAGGGGGCCAACAACUUUGUACCUCGGGCUGACCAAGCCAAGAGCACGGUAGUCAGGUAUCUGCUUGGAAAUUGGACUGAUUUGAUCACCCACCAAAGGGCUUUCAGAAUCAAGAUAUAUCUGCUCUGAGAGGAGCACAGAUCAUAAAGUUUGGAUGUUGUUUGUGACUGUGACCACUUGCUAGAACGUUUGUUAUUCUCAGAUACCUGCGUGGCUCACUCACACGCACGGUCUGCCUCUGCUCCAGUGUGAUCUAAGAAGCCUUCCCUGACCACCUGCCUCCCUCCCAGAUUUCCCCAUGUCCCUCACCCUGCUUUAUUUUUCCUACAGCCCUUCCUACGUCUGCCAUGUUCACUUCUGCAUUGUCUACCCCCUCCUGCAGAAUGCAGGUUUCGGUAGGGCAGUGGUUUGAACGACUGCAUAGCAUCAGUGCAGAACUGCUGCCACAUGGCCAUCGGCAAAUAUCUGGUCAGGAUUUGAACUGGUGAAUGAUCCACGUCGGCCUCAAACAUAGCUAUUGCCAGUUCGUAACCAUUCGUACCUGCAUCUCUUGCUAGUCACUUAACAUGUUAUGAACUCACGGUGAAUGUUGGAGCAUAGGCAGAGGAAAACGAUACUGACUCUCAGUUCUACCCAAAGUAAUGUAUGAAUACAACGCAAUCCUGAUCCAAUACCAACAGCAUUCUUGAAAGAGAUGGAAAAACUAAUCAUUAACUUUAUGUGGAAAGGGAAGAGUAAAGCUCUUUUGAAGAAAAAGAAUAAAGUAGGAGGACUCUCACUACCUGACCUCAGAACCUACUAUACAGCUACAGUAGUCCAAAUAGCCUGGUACUGGUACGAUGACAGAUACAUUGACCAAUGGAACAGAACUGAGAACCCAGGUGUAAAGCUAUCCAUCCAUGGUCACCUGAUCUUUGACAAGGGGCCAAAGUCCAUCAAAUAGGGAAAAGACUGUCUUUUUAACAAAUGGUGCUGGCAAAACUGGAUGUCCAUCUGCAAAAAAAAAAAGAAAGAAAGAAACAGCACCCAUACCUCACACCAUACACAAAAA